GCCUAAUUACACUGCACUUCCUUCUUUGUUUCCCGUUGCUGUGGAGACUUACAGAAAAAACUCGGGAAGGGUUCACACCCAUCGGAAUCACCAUGGAUUCUCCUCCUCCGACGAAGCUUGAUUAUCAUGUAGACAUGUUUAAACUUCAAUCCCAAGCCACGUGCCUCUCCUUAUUCAAGGGGGAAGAUGGACGUAUAGCUCUUAUAUUGGACUCCACCGUGUUUCAUCCGCAAGGUGGAGGCCAGCCGUCGGACACCGGUUUAAUCGAAUUCGCCGGUUCGGAUUUCAAGUUCUCGGUUCAAGAUGUUCGAUCCAAAGAUGGAAUCGUUCUCCAUUACGGAGUGUUCCAAGGUUCGAAUCCUAAAGAUGUUGAAAAGGGGAAAGAAGUUCACUUGCUUGUUGAUGAAUCAAGGCGUAAACUCAAUUCCAGGUUGCACUCAGCUGGACACUUGCUGGAUUUGUGUAUGCAGAAAGUUGGGUUGGGACAUUUGGAGCCUGGGAAAGGGUACCAUUUCCCUGACGGUCCUUUUGUGGAAUACAAAGGAGUCGUUCCACAGGCUGAACUGCUGGUGAAGCAGAAAGAGUUGGAGGCAGAGGCUAAUGAACUAAUAUCCAAAGGAGGAAAGGUUUAUGCUGAUAUAUUACCCUAUGAAGAGGCAUCCCUGCUCUGUGGUGGCACUCUUCCUGAUUAUAUUCCCAAGGGCAGCACUCCCCGAGUCUUAAGAUUAGGUGAAAACCCUGGGUGUCCGUGUGGUGGCACCCAUGUCUCCGAUAUAUCUGAUAUCAUAAGCAUGAAGAUCACACAGAUGAGAACAAAGAAAGGAAUGACAAAAGUUUUCUACACCAUUGCAUCUUAAUUCCAGUUUACAAAAAAAAAAGUCAAAGGUUCUGUGGUUUAAGAAAGAGACGUAGUAGUUAGGAACUUUGCAACUAGAUGCACAUAACACAACAGCUUGCAGCUAAGAUGCACAUAAGAGAGACAGCUUGCAGAAAAUGGACAAUCUAUAUUUGAAAAUUGCUUUCCAAUAAAGACAAAACUGAAACCUCUCCUGUUCAUUAGAAAUUUCCAAAAGAAAAGGUACGUAAGCUAAAAUGGGAUUGUCAUCGAAUGUCAAUUUCAGGGAAGGAAUUGAAGUGAUGACGACUGUUUCAAUCAGUUGGCUUCAACAGCAAGCAGCCUCUCCUGUGCUCAACAGCCACCAAUUAGUAUUUUGUGGGUAUUUUUUUUAUAUCAAAACUACUAAACGACUCUCCCUAUCAUUGAUAAGUCGUAUAUUGAUAUGAUAUUGAUGUGAUAUGAUCUUCCACUCA